ACCAGUUAUCCAGGCGGCUUCUCUAUAAGGAGCAUCACUCGUGGUCCUGAGGAGAGCAGAGAUGCUGAACAGGCAGCUGUAAGGAUCUCCUCUCAUGCUUCUCCUUAGGAAUAACGCAUCGCCCAUGGGAUGGUGGUAAAAGAAUUUCUCAGCUCUCCACUGGAACUCCUGGUGUCUUACUUAGUGAAGCGCCCCCAGGAGGACUAUGAGUGCGGAGUGCUCCAGUUACACCACAGUGGAGCAGGUCCUGGUUGGGGCUUUUAGCUGUCCAAGGGCUGACAGUGACCUGGGAGCCAUAUAUUGCUGUGGAUUUAAGGACUUCAAGUACUGCUGCGAUGACCCCAACAGUUUUUUCCCCUACGAGCACAGUUACAUGUGGUGGCUGAGCGUGGGGGCACUGGUGGGCUUAUCCAUAGCGGCGGUGGUCCUGCUGGCCUUUAUCAUCACCGUUUGUGUUCUCUGCUAUCUGUUCAUCAGUAACAAGCCUCACAACAAGCUGGACACUGGGCUGAGCCUACAGACCACAGGCAUAGAACAAAACUCCUUGGAGGGUCCCAGCAGGUCCACCCAAUCAACUUCAGUGUCCAACGGGUUUAAGCGCCAUUUUCUGAGCCAUAAAUUGGACUGUGAUAACCAACCCCAGGACCCCGAUAGAUUGUUUCAGAGAUGUUUUCUUGCCACUGUGACAACAAUCAAUGUCCAAGGACCUUCGUGAGCUCAGCUGUCAUUGUCACAAGUCAUUGUGCUAGAAUUCCGUGUUUUCGCACAGCUGCUUGGCUUCGAUCUCCCGCGCCUUCUGCCUUACAGCACUCAUGCCAGGCAUUUCAUCAAUAAACAUCUAUAUUGCCUCUUUUACAUUGUUUGUCUUUGUGUGGCAUUUGUACUAAUCUGGCUUUUCCAGGAACACAGUCACAUUGCUUGGAAAUAAAAAUUCCCUGUGGAUUCCGAUGGUGUUCCAAUUAUAAGAAAUGCUUGUCUGAUGAAUGUGUCUGGCCCUAAUACACUAUUACAGAAAUGUAAAAAUUUGCUACUGUCUCACCUUUAUAUUUGAUAAAUGGGCUCUAUUCUUUCAAAUAAAACCUAACCUCAGCAUAUUCUAAAUACCAACUCUUACAUAACCCAUGAAUUACAUAGCAAUUCCACCUUUUAUCUCUGUACAUCAAUGUGGUCAGACCACCAGAAUACCUUAUGGCAUCUGCAAUGCAUAAGUUAUUGCAUAGAGAACUGUCAAUGUCUUAAUAGUGUGUUUCCAUACUUAGGCAAAUUAAUGCAGUUUUUGAAGGCAAAACAAUGAAGGUAUCAUGAAUGGAGGCUUUAUCUAAAGAAAAGACAAACACUUCUCUUUUUUAAUUCAUACUUGGGUCAAAAAACCUGAAUGUGGAAACAUAUCAUAAUGCAGUCACUAGGAAGUGUACUACCCCUCCCCCCCAGAACGAACCUGUAUAGCCAAGGAAGCAAAUCUGACAAUGCCUUAUCUUUAAUGUAUAUAGUAUUGCUAUAUUGCCUUAUCUAGGCCUUUAAUGGUUCAAUAGACCCAUCAUAUGUCAUUAAAUCUUUACCCUUGAAUAAUAAUGACUCUGUUGUCUCUGUCCCUGUCUACACAGCAAAGCUUAAAGUAUAUCUGUCAUUCAAAAUUAAACUUUAGACAUGUAAUAUUUGACCAUCUUGGUAAUGUGGUUUACAGCUGGGAGAGAACAGAUUUAGGGCGCGCUUAUUCCAUCUCUAACUACGAAUUGGACAGGGUCUGGACACUGGAUUUAAACUAAUAUGAAACCCUUUAGUUUCCUUUGCUUACAAGACAAGAAGUCUCAAUAUGCCAUAUCUGCCACUUUCACAAUGCAUUCAUAAUAUUUUCUACUUCUUUAGACCAUAAGAAGUUGUCAGUUUUUGUAUAUGCACCAAACUACAUGUAUAUCCUGAUGCCUACACAAGUAGGGCCAUGGUGGUUAGAGCUUAGUCUUGUGCCUUUAAUCUAUGAGGUACCUUAGGGAUUGCCUUUUUUUUUUAGCCUUGGCCUCGAGUAUUCAAUGAGGCGAUGAGUCUUCUCCUCUUUUUCAUCUAUAAUACAUAGAGAAAUCAAUGGUAUCGAGAGAGGUUUUAUUAUUUCAGUUGAAGACAAGUCAGGGUUUAUAAUGAGGGCUGGGCCAGAAGAACAAGAAGACAAGAAGAACUUCUAUGGAAACCUUUGAUAUGAAAGUUGAAGACUCUUUCUCCCAUUUCGACAAACCUUCCUUGGGACUUAUCUCACUUUUGGAACCGUCCAAACAACAUUCAAGUUCUGUAAUAUUCGAUAACCAAAGAAGUCGUCACUAAAGCAACAAAUUAUUUCGGAAUCCCGAAUGAGUUGACACCAGGCCCCUUGAAAGAUGUAAUGAGGAAGACUUGAAGAACAUACUUACAUUCUCAUUUGCCAUCAUGUUACCUAGAACAACUAGGUUUUAUCUUAUCAUCUUUACAAAAAAAAAGUAUAAAAAAUAUAUAUAUAUUUAUUUAUUUAUUUUUGCAGUAUUUCAGUAAAGUAUUGAUCAAAUAAAUUCUUCACAUAAGCCUUUUGCCUUCUCUUUAGAGCAUUGGUUUCAAACUGUGGCCCUUCAACUCCCAGCAUGCCCGGACAGCUUUUUUUUUGCCUGAGUACCACUUGACAGUACAUUCCAAAAAUUGUACCCCCAUAUUAGAGACAUUUUUGUAUGAAUAUAAUAGUAUAUUCAUACUAUAAUAUGAAUAAAGUAUAAUUCAUCUGCUUUACUUUAAUAUAUCUUCUCCUCCCUAUCUCCCCAGUCCCACGAUUCACAGGUGGCAUCUUCUGUGAAUCGGGGGACUUUUUGUUUACUUUUACUUUUCUUCACUAUCUGGCCUAGACCGCCAUUAAGAUUUUUCCCAGACAAGACUUGUCUCCACAGAACCUGCCAACCAAACAUUUUAGGCUCCUUUAUCCAGUACAGUAACCACCUCUUUACAAACUUCCCAUGUGUAUUGUUGCACAUAGUAAAAGCUCCCACUUUGUGUCACCAUAAAGUAGUUAGGCCUCUUCUGUGACCCAAUAUAUAGUUUGAGGCCCCCAUACUGUCCCACUUUGGUGCACCACUGCUCCUCUAGUCCGGGGACCUAUUGUUAUGGCUAAUAGCAGUAGGUGCCCAGUCAGCAGAAGCAGUGGAGCACUGAAGCUAAUGGUAGUUACUGCUGACAGCAGCCCGGUGCCCGUGCUUCUCCUCUGCUGUCCUACUGCGCUGCUCCUAGGUGCAGUGACACCAGUCUACCAAGAGCCAAUGCUAAUUUAUUUUUAAGUGGCCCUGGCCACUUUAGAAGCAGUAACCAGUGGCUUUGGCCACCAUUACUGAUUUUUUUUAUAGUACCUCCUGGAGAACUGCUAAGUAACCCUGGGGGUACUUGUACCCCAGGUUGGAAACCACUGCUCUAAAGGAACUGCAUUGUUUGCAUUCUUAGACUGAUCCAGGAAAAAGGACAUAUUUAAAAGUUAUCUCAUACUUAUUUAGUCACAGAAUUACCCAGGCUCCAUAGAAAAGCAUAGUCAAAGCUCCUCACCCUUCCCUUUUCCUGUCCAUUCCAGAACUGCUUUUCCUAUAAAUCAAGACAACUAAUAAAAUAAGUAAUAUAUAACUGUGAUUAAACGAAUAUUGACUGAAGAGGGCUGAUUUGCAUAGAUGUAAAAAAUUUGCAUUAACAUUUUAUGAAAUUUUUACUAUUUUUCCACAUCAGUCGUAGAUUGUCGAAAAGACUUUUUAGUUCCAUUUCCAUUUUUCUGCUGUACUGCUUUGAGAUAAUGUAUGUGCAUAAUUCUUUUUAGAUCUAUUUAUUGUAUUUUAUGCAUUUUCAUAUUAUACCUGACCAGUGUUAAUUAUUUUUCUUUUGUAAUAAAUCAGAUGUAAAGUUA